AUGCCACCCGAUUACAGCAAACUCAAAGUCGCCGAGCUGAAGGAUGUCCUCAAGCAACGAGGGAUUCCGCAGACGGGGUUGAGCAAGAAGCAGCAGAUCAUUGAUGCUUUGGAGGAGGAUGAGGCGAAGAAAGGCGAGCCGGUGUUGAGUGAGGCGGCGGGCGCAUUGGUGGACGUGAAGGUGAAGGGGACGCGUGAGGAGGAGACAGAAGGGGAGGCGGAGGAGGUUGUGCCUGAGGUGCAGAUGGGGGGUGGUGAUGUGGAGGCAAUGAGUGAGGAGGUGAAGGAGGACAACACGAUAGAGGAGGUGAAGGAGGAUACUGUAGAAGAGGUGAAGGAAUCUGAGCAACACAAUACUGAGCCAGAAGCACAACCCACCACCGAUGAACCAACCGAGUCCGUGCUUGCAACACCACAGCCCACCUCGGAUAUCCCCGAAGACAGCGGGUCGGAGUCACGGAAGCGCAAACGGAGGAGUACGACGCCGGAAGUGAGGGAGGGGUCGGUGAGUAAGAAGCUCAAAGCUGUGGAGGAAGCCACGAAGGAGGAGCCUGUGAUUGGAGAUGAAUUCAUGGCUGUGGAGGGAGCUAAUGGAACGGAUGUCGAUGCUGUACUUGAAGACGCUCCAGUACCGCUGGAUGACACUGCAGAUACGACAUCAGCACAGCCGUAUGGGAGCAGCGACGACGUGAUCGAACAACCCACCUCAAUCGAUGCAGUGACGACAGGUCAUCCGUUCGAAGGCGACUCCCUCCACCCCCCAACCACAAGCCUCUACAUCCGCGACCUCAUCCGCCCCCUCCAACCAACCCAACUGCAAGACCACCUCACCUCCCUCACCCCCUCCAACGACCCCUCAACCAUAAUAACCUUCCACCUCGACCUCCUCCGCACCCACGCCUUUGCCGUCUUCACCAACACCUCAACCGCCAUCGCCGUGCGCAAAGCCCUCCACAACACCGUCUUCCCCGCCGAACCCACGCGUAAGCCGCUGUGGGUGGACUUUGUACCGGAGGAGAAAGUGCAAGUGUGGAUAGAUACUGAACUCGCAGCUGGGACGAGUAGGCGGGAUGCUAAAAGGUGGGAGGUGGAGUAUAAUAGCACUUAUGGUGAUGUGCGGGUGGAUCUACGAGAAGUACCGGCAGGAACCGUGUCGGUGCAACGGCAGGCUAGUACCAACCAAGGACAAGGACAAGGACAAGGUGCAGGAAUGGGCCCACGAGGCAACGCCCCACGCGCAAACGACAUAUCCACCGCCCCACCAACCGGACCACGAGGACCCUCAAGAAACGAAGCUCAGGAACCCGAGCAAAAAAAAGCAGACACAUCCAACACCACCGCCCUCUCCGCCACCCAGCAAUCUCAACCCCCCUCCUUCUCAGCCCUCGACGCCAAAUUCCACGCCACGACCACGAAACCCAAACUUUACUUCCUACCCCAGUCUGCGGAUUUAGCGGAGAGAAGAAAAGCGGAGCUAGAACGGGAAACGAGUCGGUCGUGGCGGAAUAGUAACAGUAGAGGUGAUGGCCGAGAUGGUGAGGGCGAGGGAGUGGAUGAGGGGCAGUUGAGACGGUAUAGUUUUGAAGAUGGGGAUAGGCUUGUGGAUGGGGGACCGGAUCGGGGGAACUUUGGGGCUGGCGGGGGAGGUGGUGGCGGUGGUAGUGGUGGUGGUGGGUUUGGAGGAGGAAGGGGAGGUGGGUAUGGUGGUGGGCAUGGUGGUGGUCGUGAUGGGCCACGCGGGAGGGGGAGGGGAGGUUAUGGUGGGAGGAGAUGA